GCCGCACCGUAUACAGCCUCCUUCCUUUUCCACUCACUGUUAGUAGCAGCAAUGGCGAAGGGUGAAGACGCUUUGAUUCGAAAGAAGAAUAAAAAGCUUCGAAAGAAGAACAGCAGCGGCUCUUCCUCUGUCUCCGCCAAGGUUGCCGCCGUUAUCGCCGCCAAGAAGCGCCGCAAGGCCGGUAAACGCCGCAUGUGCCAGGGGAUGUGCUUUAGUCUACCUACUCUGGAUGAUCCCUUCAAUGAUCGAGGUGGGAAAGAGGAAACCAAAACAAAGGGUCCUAAAAAGAAAUCCCAUUCAAAACCAAAAGACAAGAUGGAUCAUCUUAAUGGGAAGAGUGCAGAUGGAAAGAAAGGCGCAGUUGGUGGGAGGAAAAUUGCAAGGGAAUUGAAUGAUUUACAAAGGGAAAAUGAGUCUGUCACAGCCAGCAAUAAUCUUACUCAUAAAUGUAUCAUUAACUCAGAAAGGAAAAAUAUUGAUAUGACUGAGAUGGCUCAUCUUUGCGGUACCAAACAGCGUGAUUGUGACAUUUCAGAGUUCCCUUCUAAGUUUAUUUUUUGGUGUUUGAGUUCCAUUGAAAAUGCAUUGCGACAUGGUGAUGCCUACACUGAUGGAGAGGGUAACUCUUUCUUUUUGAAUCCAUGGGGAUUAGAAUUUUUGAAGUGUUAUUCUACAGGGAAAGAUCUGAUAGAAACCAGUGGAACCUCUGCUACUGCUGAGCAAAUUGCAUGGAUGGUUUCUGGUGCAGCUGAUACUUUUGUCAGAAAAGAGAAAGAAGGGUUGUCCUUUCCCGGGCCUUUUCUUUUAUUCCUUGUACCCUCCCAAGAAAAAUCUACCCAGGUUCGAACAGUUUGCAAGCCUUUAAAAUCUGUUGGAAUACAUACAGUGAGUAUUCAUCCAGGUGCUUCCUUAGAUCAUCAGAUUCAAGGUCUGAAAACUUGUGAGCCUGAGUUUCUUGUUUCUACUCCUGAGAGGCUAUUGGAGCUUGUUUCUACGAAGGCAAUUGAUAUUUCUGGGGUAUCCAUGCUGGUUAUUGAUGGGCUUAAUACUAUCUGUAGUGCUGGCCACGCUGAUACAGUAAAAUCCAUCAAGAAUUGUAUUUCUGGCAAUCCCCGUGUUGUGAUUUUCAAUGAUUGUGUCAGCCACAUGUCGAUCCCAAUGGUUCGAUAUCUUCUGACAGGAUCAAUUUGUAGAGUCUCUCUCAAUAAUUCAAUUAACAGCCUAAGUUCGUACAUUAUCCAAUCUGUUGAAGUGUGUACGUCAGAAGAAGAUAAAGUUGUUAUGAGCAUCGAAGCCCUGGAUCAAUUUCAGAGCAACAGUACACAGAAUUCAAACAUGCUAUAUAUUUUAAGCAAAGAUGUCAAGUGCCAUAAAUUGGUCAAGACUCUCAAAUCCAAGGGUUAUUCCGUUUCACUUGAUUCUGAUGCAGCAAAUAUUAAUGAUAGGGUGGAUUCAGACCGCAGAGCAGCGGUUUCUUUGAUUGAUUUGGUGCAAAUCUCUACUACGGAUAUAGGGACGUAUGAUGUGGUAGUCCUACCUAGUUUUGUACCCUCAAUUGACACUUACGUGCAUAUUUUGACAAAGAUGGCUCGCACAAGUGUCAAUGGUGUAUUGCACAGUUUCUUAACAAAAAGAGAUACAGAACUUGCUGCACCGUUGAUUGCGGUUCUUGAACAAUGCGGUCAGGAAGUGCCUCAGACCCUUCAGGAUCUGAAUCAUACAUCGAACAUGUUGGAAGAUUGAAUGUUGAAGGUGCUUAGUCAUCAAUUUUUUUAUGUUCAUUCCGUCUCUGCGGCUCAUGAUAUCAAAAGAUCAAUUCCUUUUACUUUGGAAUUUGGGCUGGGAGCUGAGUGGUAGGGAUUGUAGGUUUCCUAUGCUUGGAAUUUGGAAACCUUCACGUUAAGAAUCCCAUUAAGAAAUUUUUUGCAAUAUUAUCUCUGCUUCUGUUUCAAGACUGUAUUUUACUGUAAUCGAAUGAGCUUCUUUGUCGCAACAUCAUUUUGUUGCUUUUGUAGCAGCAUAGAAACAAACAUUUAAUUCUUUAGAUACUAUCUUUUAUUAAAA